AAUGAUGACCUCCGUGCUGUCGGCGUCCUGUCAAAGACAAGAGACAGAGGUGGGACGCCGGGGAUGGAGUGCGUGAAAUUAACAAUAUUUGGAAACCGAUUAUCGCUGGUGUGAACGAACGAAUUCCAGACUACGCUGUAAAUGUCAGAGAAACCGAGAGCCCAGUAUGAGGAAAGCAACCAGGCCAGUGGCAGGCGUCUCCAAAGCCACAGCCGCAGUCACCAAGGCCCAGACCGUUGAGAAAGUCAAGCCUGAGGGCGUCACCGCCACCAUGGGCACAGCCGGCAAGAUUACAGCCAAGACCUCUGCCACCGCGCCACUGUCUAAGGCGAAGAGCAAUGAUGACCUUCCAUCAGUAACAACAGCAGGCAGUGGAGCCUCUGCUGGGAGCAGCACUAUUCCCAAGGCGAAGAAGACUAGCUCUGUCCACUCUUCAAACUCCUCUACUACAGGUACCAGCAACCCAGAGGGCAAGACAAAGACCAACUCCGGCAAGCGUGGGACCUCCUCCGUGGUGAAGGAGCUUGGUUCAUCCCGGGAGGGACUGCGGGAACGCUCCAGAACUUGCACCACCAGCAGGAAGCUCUCCGGACCCUCCGAUGCCUUGUCACCGCCAAAGAGAGUCCGCUGCCGGACUGUAACUGAAUCUGAGUCCCGUAUGAGCAAGUCCAGGUCGAACGGGCAGCUCAGCGACAAGACAGUCCUGGAGAGCAGGGUGAAGGACCUGCUGGGCCUGGCCAAGAGCAAAGACGUGGAGAUCCUCCACCUGCGCACAGAGCUCCGGGGCAUCCGUGUCCAGCUAGGCCUGCCCGAGGAGGAGGAAGAGGAUGGGGGGAGCAGAGCCAGAGAGGAAGGCGAGGGAGAGGAGACGGCUGAGGUUAAGCCUCCACAGGACCAGUCGAAGGAAGCCCCUACUCCUCUCAUCUCUGCAGACGUGGAAUCCACCCUGCUCUUGCUACAGGACCAGAACCAGGGGAUCCGCGGAGAGCUGAACAUGCUGAAGAGUGAGAACCGCAUGCUGAAGGACCGGCUCAACGCCCUGGGUUUCUCCCUGGAACAGAGGCUGGACAGCCCCCUAAAGACCCUACAAGGCCCCUGCCUUAGCUCGGAUCUUCUCCCAGCCCGCAAUGGCAGUUGUGGAGAUGGAGGGUGCCCACGGGCCUCUUUUUUACAUGAGGUCUCCCCUCACAGCUCUGCCUGCGACUCUACUGAAGACCUUCUUGACCCCCGGCGAGUCAUCUCCCCUGAGGUGGCCGACAGCGAAUGCAGCGAAGCCUACCAGCCAAUCACCUCCAGCGAUGAUGCCCUGGAUGCCCCCUCUGGUUCUGCCUCUGCCUGCGGCUCCUCCUCCGAGUCAGAGGGCGGGCCACCGAGUCACGGCGAACGCUCCCGUAGAGGCAGUAGUGGCAACACCAGCGAGGUGUCGGUGGCCUGUCUAACGGAGCGCAUUCACCAGAUGGAAGAGAACCAGCACUGCACCUCUGAGGAGCUCCAGGCCACACUACAGGAGUUGGCUGAUCUGCAGCAGAUUACCCAGGAACUAAGCACAGAGAACGAGCGACUGGGCGAGGAGCGGACCAUCCUGGUGGAUUCCCUGUGCCAGCAGGGCGACCGGCUGGAGCUUUACUGCCGGCAGAUGGACUACUUCCGGGGCCUGCUGGAUGAGCACCGCGUGGCGUACGCCCCGGCCGACGAGGAGGACACUAAGAGCGGGCGCUACCUGGAGCUGGAGCGCCGCUACGUGGACCUGACGCAGGGCGCCCACUUCGAGAGGGAGCAGCUGCUGGGGGUGCAGCAGCACCUGAGCGGGGCGCUGAAAAUGGCAGAGCAGGACAACGCCGAGGCCCAGGGCCUCAUCUCAGCGCUAAAGGAACGGGUGCACAUGGCAGAGCGGCAGGCUGAUAUGGAGCGCAGGGAAAGAGCGAUGGCCGCCGCAGAGCUGGAGGCCAUGAGGGAGGCGGCUGGGGGGGAGCAGGCGGAGCUGGCUCGGUGCAGAGUCCAGCUGGAGCAGGAGAGGCAGAGGGUGGCUGAGCUCUACUCCAUCCACAAUGCCGGGGACAAGACGGACAUCCGCCACCUGCUGGAGAGCGAGAGGAGGGACAAGGAGAGGGCAGAGGCUGAGUCUGUUCAGCUGCAGGAGGACCUGGACCACACCCACGACGAGGCCGCCAGGCUACAGGACGGCAUCCGCAAGCUGGAGGAGGACUUCCGUGCGUUCCGUGGCGAGGUGCAGAAGCAGUUGGCUGAGCAGAAGCGGGCCCUGGCCCAGCAGUGUUCUGAGCUGGAGGAAAGGGACACAGAGGUCUCUGACAUGAAGGAGACCAUUUUUGAGCUGGAGGACGAGGUGGAGCAACACAGAGCCCUCAAACUCCACGAUAACCUCAUGAUCACAGACCUGGAGAACUCCGUCAAAAAACUACAGGACCAAAAACAUGACAUGGAGCGUGAGAUCAAGAUUCUGCAUCGAAAGCUACGGGAGGAGUCUAUGGAGUGGCGUCAGUUCCAGGCCGACCUGCAGACGGCGGUGGUCAUCGCCAACGACAUCAAGUCCGAGGCUCAGGAGGAGAUCGGGGACCUGCGGCGCCGCCUACUGGACACACAGGAGAAGAACGAGAAGAUGAGCAAAGAGCUGGAGGAGCUCAAGAAGCAGGAUGAAGAGAGGGGCAGGGUGUAUAACUACAUGAAUGCAGUUGAGAGGGACCUAGCUGCCCUGAGGCAGGGCAUGGGUCUCAGCCGACUCUCCUCUACCUCCUCUGAGCCCUCUCCAACCGUUAAGACCCUCAUCAAAAACUUUGACAACGCCUCCACUGCAGGCCCUGUCCCAACCUCCCCCACAGCAGCCGUGCCAGCAGUUACCACGAUGGUUGCCCGUACACCCCUCAGCCCCAGUCCUCUGAAAACCCCACCUGCUGCUGCUAUCUCUCCCAUACAGAGGCACACUGCGUCAACCCCCAAACCCCUGUCCUCCAUGGUGGAUAAAAGGUCCAGCUACACAGACCUCAAUAUGCCAGAUCACUUGUUCCGGGCCUCCUCUGGGACCCGCACCCCCUCUGCCCUUCAGAGGGUCCCCAACAUGGACUCCUCCUCCAAGUCCCUCUCAGUGUCUCGCAGGAGCAGUGAGGAGCUGAAGAGAGACAUGUCUUCCUUAGAGAACACCUCCUCCCCUGCAGCCUCCUCGCCCACCGCCUCAGUCCCCCCCUCCACAAGGGGACGCUUACGGGAGGGGAGAAAAGACGCCCUGUCUGCACUGGCCAGGGAGUACGGGGGAUCCAAGAGGAACGCCCUGCUCAAGUGGUGCCAGAAGAAGACUGAAGGAUACCAGAACAUUGACAUCACCAACUUCAGCAGCAGCUGGAACGACGGGCUGGCCUUCUGUGCUGUUCUCCACACCUACCUGCCUGCCCACAUCCCCUACCUGGAGCUCUCCAGCCAGGACAAGAAGGAGAAUUUCACACUGGCUUUCCAGGCCGCGGAAAGUGUCGGGAUCAAGUCCACGUUGGACAUUGGAGAGAUGGUGUACACAGAGAGGCCUGACUGGCAGAGUGUGAUGACCUACGUCACGGCCAUCUACAAGUACUUUGAGACGUGACCCAUCUUCAAGCCUGAACACCUCGCUGCCCCGCACAGCCCAGACCACAUUUCCAGCCAGGGCUGUCAUCACAACACUGGACAACCUUAGAGCAACAUCAGACUUCUGGGACCCUGAGUUGUAAAUUUUAAGAACUAUCACUUAACUCCAUCCAGUAUGUUCCAUGUGUACGAUGCAGUGUUCCACAAAUUCUUGGCUUGGGACAUGUGGUUUCUCAGCUAGACUGAAACCCUCGUGGCUUGGGGGUUUCUCAGCUAGACUGAAACCCUCGUGGCUUGGGGGUUUCUCAGCUAGACUGAAACCCUCGUGGCUUGGGGGUUUCUCAGCUAGACUGAAACCCUCGUGGCUUGGGGGUUUCUCAGCUAGACUGAAACCCUCGUGGCUUGGGGGUUUCUCAGCUAGACCGACUGAAACCCUCGUGGCUUGGGGGUUUCUCAGCUAGACUGAAACCCUGGAAGACUAUGUUCUGGAUAGACCGAGGCCCUGGGUCUUGGACAAUGUGUUGACCAGGCCCCCAUCUGUCGUUCAAAUUCCCUUGGAUCAGCGACUUCCUGUAUACUCAAGGCUUUUGACCUCUUGACCCCAGCCCUAUGUGAACUCUGUGCUGUCUGCAGUAGCCUAUAAUAACACCAUGAUCACCUCCAACACUACACUUCAAGUUGGGGAGUACAUGUUUAGCGAGCUGAAAAAUAAUGUGGGUAAUGGUUUUUGGAUUUGGAAUACUGCAGAGAACAGGACUGCGUUUUAAAAAUUGGUUUGCCCAUUUUGUCCGAGCAAUGACUUUAAUGGCAAGUUUGCCUUUUACCUGAUAGAGGGUUCAGCUUAACUGUCACGGUAGGUUUUGUGUUUUAGCCUGAUGCUUUGUUGUGAUAUAUAUAUAUUCCAAAGAGAUAAUGUACAAGUUUGUCAGAUGAUAUCUUGAACUUCACCAUAAUCAGUGCCAUGUUAGUCUGUUUGUCAUAAUUGGCCAAUACAAUAAGCAUUGACCAAUAGUAACAGACGUCAAUAAGCAUUGACCAAUCAAUCGCAUUGAAGUCUUUUACACCAUUUACAUUUUGUUGUUCUUUUCUCAGUCUAGCAGUCUGUUGUGUCCAAACUCUGCAAAACUGAAGGUUGGCCAUCAUGGCCGGUCUCUGGGUGUAUAGUGAGGUCAGUUGCCCUGUAGCACACCAAUCCAUAAAUAGGCUGAACAACACAGGGAGCUGACCUGAUAAGCUAACAGUUUUGUCAUUACGGUAAAGGCACCCCUUACUGUUCCACAAAUCCUCACUGGUUUCAAAGCACAACGAGGGGAGGGGAGGCUCUUUACUCAAAUGGAAUGUGUUUAAACCUUCAUCAAUGCCAUGAAAAACACUUUGAAACCUUCAAAGGGUGAUUCCUCAUGAAACCAGGACAAAAAAAUAGACUGAUUUUGGGGAUUUUCAUGACAUGUGUUCCAUAGAAUGGUCCUUUGGAGGAAUGAUUGUUGACAUACAGUGCCUUCGGAAAGUAUUCAGACCACUUAACUUUUUCCACAUUUUGGUUACAGCCUAAUUCUAAAAUUGAUUUAAAUAGUUGUUUUUUUCUACACACAAUACUCCAUAAUUACAAUGCAAAAACUGGGUUUGUAGAAAUUUUUGCUAGUUUAUUAAAAAUGAAAACUGAUCACAUUUACAGAAGUAUUCAGACCUUUACUCAGUACUUAGUUGAAGUACGUUUGGCAGCGAUUACAGCCUCGAGUCUUCUUGGGUAUGACGCGACAAGCUUGGCACACCUGUAUUUGGGGAGUUUCUCCCAUUCUUCUCUGCAGAUCCUCUCAAGCUCUGUCAGGUUGGAUGGGGAGCGUUGCUGCACAGCUAUUUUCAGGUCUCUCCAGAGAUGUUAGAUCGGGUUCAAGUCUGGGCUCUGGCUGGGCCAUCCAAUGACAUUCAGAGACUUGUCCCAAAGCCACUCCUGCGUUGUCUUUGCUGCGUGCUUAGGGUCAUUGUCCUGUUGGAAGGUGAACCGUUGCCGCAGUCUGAGGUCCUGAGCGCUCUGGAGCAGGUUUUCAUCAAGGAUCUCUCUGUGCUUUGCUCCGUUCAUCUUUGCCUUCAUCCUGACUAGUCUCCCAGUCCCUGCCGCGGAAAAACAUCCUCACAGCAUGAUAGAGAUGGUGCCAGGUUUCCUCCAGACCUGACACUUGGCAUUCAGGCCAAAGAGUUCUUUCUUGGUUUCAUCAGACCAUAGAAUCUUGUUUCCUUUUAGGUGCCUUUUGGCAAACUCCAAGUGGGCUGUCAUGUGCUUUUUACUGAGGAGUGGCUUCUGUCUGGCCACUCUACCAUCUUCACAGAGGAACUCUUGGGCUCUGUCAGAGUGACCAUUGGGUUCUUCGUCACCUCCCUGACCAAGGCCCUUCUCCCCCGAUUGCUCAGUUUAGCGCUAGGAUGAGGCUUGUUGGUUCCAAAUUUCUUCCAUUUUUAAGAAUGAUUGAGGCCACUGUUCUUGGGGACCAGAAAUGUUUUUGUAACUUUCCCUAGAUUUGUGCCUCGAUUACAAUCAUGUCUCGGAGCUCUACGGACAAUUCCCUCGACCUCAUGGCUUGGUGUUUGCUUUGACAUGCACUGUCAACUGUGGGACCUUAUAUUGUGUUCAAUCAAUUGAAUUUACCACAGAUGGACUCCAAUCAAGUUGUAGAAACAUCUCAAGGAUGAUCAAUGGAAACAGGAUGCACCUGAGCUUAAUUUCGAGUCUCAUAGCAAAGGGUCUGAAUACUUAUGUAAAGGAAGUUAUUUCUGUUGGUAAUUUUGAUAAAUAUUGUUUUUAUCAAUUUUAUAAAGGCUGUAACAUAACAAAAUGUUGAAGUCAAGGGGUCUGAAAACUUUAUGAAGACACUGUCAUUUAGCAUCUAAAAGCAUAAUUGAGAAAUAAUUAAUCAAAGUUGUCCUAUUUCUGGCAAGUUGGCCUUACCCAGGCCUCCAAGACUCCAUGAUGUUUUAUCUGUAGGUGCUACAAAGCAAACAUUUGUCAUAUGAAGCUUUACUUACUGCUUGCUCUGUAAUAUGAGUAGUAAAUAGAGUAGUGAAUUCAAUCAUUUCUUACAUUAUUUAUGAAUAUUGAAAAAUAUAAACAUUAAAAUAUAAAAAUUGUGAUUUGCCUAUUACCCUAACCCUAUUACCUGGGCAUAUCAAAGUCCCAGAGUGGGAUCGCUGCUGCUUUUAGAGUUGCAGGAUGUUCAAUGAUACAAGUAAAAGGAGGGCUGUGAUUGGUUAUAUUGCCCGCUAUGCCAAUUUCUCUGUUUAAAAUGGGCCAUUACAUUUUUAUAUUUGUUUUAUAUUCAUUAAAUUAAGAAAAUUGUUAUUGAUAUCAAAACACAUUUCAGAGCAAGCUGUAUUUUUUUUAAAGAUAUUUUUUAAAACAUUUAUUUAACUCGGCAAGUCAGUUAAGAACAAAUUCUUAUUUACAAUGCCGGCCAGACCCGGACAACGCUGGGCCAAUUGUGCGCCGGCCUAUGGGACUCCUAAACACGGCCCGUUGUGAUAGUGGGAAAGCUUCAUUUGUGUCACAUAUGAAACAUUAUGGAGUCUUAAAAGAGGCCUGCCUGGGUAAGGCUAAAAUGCCAACUUUGAUAAAUGAUUUCUCGAUUAUAGUUUUAGAAUAAAUUUCAUGAAAAUCCCCCAAAAAUCAUGGUAGCUUUUUGUUCUGGUUUCGUGAGGAAUUACCCCAAAAACAUUUGGUAUCGUACACAGUAAAUCUCUUUCCUCCAGCACAGUGAAAUCAAAUUAGCUAGGUAUGUUCCCAUGCAUUGGGAAAGCGUACAAUCUUCAAUUGUUUUGAGGUUGGAAAGUAUACAACUGUGUGUGUGUGUGUGUGUGUGUUUGUAGUUUACAUACACCUUAGCCAAAUGCAUUUAAACUCAGUUUUUCACAAUUCCUGACACUUAAUCCUUGUAAAAAGUCCCUGUCUUAGGUCAGUUAGGAUCACCACUUUAUUUUAAGAAUGUGAAAUGUCAGAAUAAUAGUAUAGAGAGAUUUAUUUCAGCUUUUAUUUCUUUCAUCACAUUCCCAGUGGGUCAGAAGUUUACAUACACUCAAUUAGUAUUUGGUAGCAUUGCUUUAAAUUGUUUAACUUAGAUCAAACGUUUUGGGUAGCCUUCCACAAGCAUCCCACAAUAAGUUGGGUGAAUUUUGGCCCAUUCCUCCUGAACUGGUGUAACUGGUCAGGUUUGUAGGCCUCCUUCCUUGCACUUGCUUUUUCAGUUCUACCCACACAGUUUCUAUAGGAUUGAGGUCAGGGCUUUGUGAUGGCCACUCCAAUACCUUGCCUUUGUUGUCCUAAAGCCAUUUUGCCACAACUUUGGAAGUAUGCUUGGGGUCAUUGUCCAUUUGGAACACCCAUUUAUUUGCGACCAAGCUUUAACUUCCUGGCUGAUGUCAAGAGAUGUUGCUUCAAUAUAUCCACAUAAUUUCCCUACCUCAUGAUGCCAUCUAUUUUGCGAAGUGCACCCUCCUGCAGCAAAGCACACCCACAACAUGAUGCUGCCACCCCCGUGCUUCAUGGUUGGGAUGGUGUUCUUCGGCUUGCAAGCAUCCCCCUUUUUCCUCCAAACAUAACAAUGGUCAUUAUGGCCAAACAGUUCUAUUAUUGAUUCACCAGACCAGAGGACAUUUCUCCAAAAAGUACAAUCUUUGUCCCCAUGUGCAGUUGGAAACCGUAGUCUGGCUUUUUUAUGGUGGUUUUGGAGCAGUGGCUUCUUCCUUGCUGAGUGGCCUUUCAGGUUAUGUCGAUAUAGGACUCGUUUUACUGUGGAUAUGGAUACUUUUGUACCCGUUUCCUCCAGCAUCUUCACAAGGUCCUUUGCCAUUGUUCUGGAAUUGAUUUGCACUUUUCGUUCAUCUCUAGGAGACAGAACGCGUCUCCUUCCUGAGCGGUAUGACAGCUGCGUGGUACCAUGGUGUUUUAUACUUGCGUUCUAUUGUUUGUACAGCUGAACGUGGUACAUUCAGGUACCACCAUUUGGAAAUUGCUCCCAAGGAUGAACCAGACUUGUGGAGGUCUACCAUUUUUUUUUCUGAGGUCUUGGCUGAUUUCUUUUGAUUUUCCCAUGAUGUCAAGCAAAGAGGCACUGAGUUUGAAGGUACACCUCUAAUUGACUCAAAUGAUGUCAAUUAGCCUAUCAGAAGCUUCCAAAGCAAUGACAUAAUUUUCUGGAAUUUGUCCAAGCUGCUUAAAGGCACAGUCAACUUAGUGUAUGUAAUCUUCUGACCCAUUUGAAUUAUGAUACAGUGAGUUAUAAGUGAAAUCUGUCUAAAUAAUUGUUAGAAAAAUAACUUGUGUCAUACAUAAAGUAGAUGUCCUAACCGACUUGCCAAAACGAUAGUUUGUUAACAAGACAUUUUUUUUAUUUUUUUGGGUUGAAAAAUGAGUUUUAAUGACACACUUAGUUUGGAAUGUGAACUUCUGACUUCAAGUGAGUGUGAGAGAACUUAUGAGUGGUGUUUUUGGUACAUUCCAAUAGUCUCCUUAUCCUAAGAUUCCAUGUGAAUAAUUCACAACAUUCUGUUGUUGCUCAUAAAGGCGUCUGAUAAGGUUGCCUGACAUGCCACUGCUAAGAUGAGCUACACUCAUUGAAUAGGUACUGGUCAUUGCAAGGAUUCAAGGAUAAUAUAUUUAUAUAUAUUAGUUACCAGUCAAAAGUUUGGACACACCUACUCAUUCAAGGUUUUUUAUUUAUUUGUACUAUUUUCUACAUUGUAGAAUAAUAGUGGUCAAAAUAGCCCUUACACAGCCUGGAGGUGUGUUGGGUCAUUGUCCUGUUGAAAAACAAAUUCUAGUCCCACUAAGCGCAAACCAGAUGGGAAGGCGUAUCGCUGCAGAACGUUGUGAUAGCUGGUUAAUCAAAACAAAUCUAUUUAUAUAGCUUUUCUUACAUCAGCUGAUAUAUCAAAGUGCUGUACAGAAACCCAGCCUAAAACCCCAAACAGCAAGCAAUGCAGGUGUAGAAGCACGGUGGCUAGGGAAAAACUCCUUAGAAAGACCAAAACAUAGAGAGGAACCAGGCUAUAAGGGGUGGCCAGUCCUCUUCUUGCUGUGGCGGGUGGAGAUUAUAACAGAACAUGGCCAAGAUGUUCAAAUGUUCAUAAAUGACCAGCAUGGUCAAAUAAUAACAGUAGUUGUCGAGGGUGCAGCAAGUCAGUACCUCAGGAGAAAAUGUCAGUUGGCUUUUCAUAGCCGAUCAUUAAGAGUAUCUGUACCGCUCCUGCUGUCUCUAGAGAGUUGAAAACAGCAGGUCUGGGACAGGUAGCACGUCCGGUGAACAGGUCAGGGUUCCAUAGCCGCAGGCAGAACAGUAAGUUUUUUUUCUUGAAUCUAAAAUAAUCACAACAGGGUCACCAGCAAAGCACCAUUACACCUCCUCCUCCACGCUUCAAAGGUACACCUGUUAAUUGAAUUGCAUUCCAGCUGACUAGCUCAUGAAGCUGGUUGAGAGAAUGCCAAGGGUCUGAAAAGCUGUCAUUAAGGCAAAGUGUGGCAACUUUGAAGAAUCUCAAAUAUAAAAUGUGUUUUGAUUUGUUUAACAUUUUUGUUUGUUACUACAUGAUUCCAUAUGUGUUAUUUCAUAGUGAAGACAUCAAAACUAUCAUUCUAGAAUGUAUAAAAUAGUACAAAUAAAGAAAAACCCUUGAAUGAGUAGGUGUGUCCAAACCUUUGACUGGUAGUGUGUAUAUACAGUGGGGCAAAAAAGGUAUUUAGUCAGCCACCAAUUGUGCAUUGUGCACUGAUAAUCUCCCUCGAUCUGGGGCUCCAUGCAAGAUCUCACCCCGUGGGGUCAAAAUGAUCACAAGAACAGUGAGCAAAAAUCCCAGAACCACACGGGGGGACCUAGUCAAUGACCUGCAGAGAGCUGGGACCAAAGUAACAAAGCCUACCAUCAGUAACACACUACGCCACCAGGGACUCAUCCUGCAGUGCCAGACGUGUCCCCCUGCUUAAGCCAGUACAUGUCCAGGCCUGUCUGAAGUUUGCUAGAGAGCAUUUGGAUGAUCCAGAAGAAGGUUGGGAGAAUGUCAUAUGGUCAGAUGAAACCAAAAUAUAACUUUUUGGUAAAACCUCAACUUGUUGUGUUUGGAGGACAAAGAAUGCUGAGUUUCAUCCAAAGAACACCAUACCUACUGUGAAGCAUGGGGGUGGAAACAUCAUGCUUUGGGGCUGUUUUUCUGCAAAGGGACCAGGACGACUGAUCCGUGUAAAGGAAAGAAUGAAUGGGGCCAUGUAUCGUGAGAUUUUGAGUGAAAACCUUCCAUCAGCAAGGGCAUUGAAGAUUAAACGUGGCUGGGUCUUUCAGCAUGACAAUGAUCCCAAACACACCGCCCGGGCAACGAAGGAGUGGCUUCGUAAGAAGCAUUUCAAGGUCCUGGAGUGGCCUAGCCAGUCUCCAGAUCUCAACCCCAUAGAAAAUCAUUGGAGGGAGUUGAAAGUCUGUGUUUCCCAGCAACAGCCCCAAAACAUCACUGCUCUAGAGGAGAUCUGCAUGGAGGAAUGGGCCAAAAUACCAGCAACAGUGUGUGAACCUUGUGAAGACUUACAGAAAACAUUUUACCUCUGUCAUUGUCAACAAAGGGUAUAUAACAAAGUAUUGAGAUACACUUUGUUAUUGACCAAAUACUUAUUUUCCACCAUAAUUUGCAAAUAAAUUCAUUAAAAAUCCUACAAUGUGAUUUUCAGGAUUUUUUUUCUCAUUAUGUCUGUCAUAGUUGAAGUGUACCUAUGAUGAAAAUUACAGGCUUCUCUCAUCUUUUUAAACUUGCACAAUUGGUGGCUGACUAAAUACUUUUUUGCCCCACUGUAUGUGUCCACAUUUUCCACAGGUGAACUGGUAUUUUCUCUUUUUGAAUUUGCCUAUAAAUAAACUGCACCUCUGUUCACAUUGUCACAUUCAAAUAAAGUAAGAUAUUUGAUAUCUUCGUGGUUGAAAGGUUGCCCAGCUGAUGUCAGUGAAAUAGAUCAACACUCUUGUUCAGGGUCUUACCAGUGGCUACAUUUCCAUGAACUUGUAAAGUAUUUUAUUGUUGACAUUUAGAAAGUUUGCAUUGAAAAUACUGCGGCGUUUCCUUUUAACUAUUUUGUCGCUAAAAAAAACAGCUGGACGUAACGACAUCACACACAAACCUGGCGAAGAAUAACAAAGUGAUUGAAGUGUUUCCAUUAUCCAUUUAGGCAAAUUGUGCAUUAAUAAAUUGCUGACAACCUG